AAAUAAGUGUUUUCAGGUAAACUGAACCUGAUUUGAUACAGUUUGACUCAUACUAAUAAAUACCUAGAGUAGAUUGUGUUUCCAACAUUUGACGAUAGUGCUUGAAGUUUAAGACAACAUACCCUGUUUUUGAAGAAAUCAAAAUGCUCUUCCAAGGCAUUGUGGUGAGCAGUGAAGGGAUGACCCCCUUACCAAACCUAGCUUGCCACCUUAUGCAUAAGUGAUGUUAUUUUAAUUUUUCUUCAGGUGAAAGUGGUGGCACGAAAUUACUUUUUGUACAGGGUAUUGAAAUUAAUCAAGGUGCAGAAAAUGGUCCAAAUCUGCCUAUGCCUCAGGGUCAAAAGAAUAGAAAAGAUUGUGGCUAGAAGGUGGUAUUUCACUAGAUUCUAUUGCGUUCGAUAUUUAAUAAGCAGAGAUAACCUAUUGUACCUGAUAGAGGUACCCAGAAUACUAUCAUUUAUUUGCUACACAUUCGUCUGCGGACAUUGUUAAGAAGCUAUCUGAAGUGGGCCCCACUUUUGAGGGAAGAAAGGGUCUCAUCGAUGAUUCAAGUGAAGGCCUUACUGUUAAGGCAAGUAAGGGCCUUACUGUUGGCGUUGAGUCCGGUAGCACACAUGUACCCUUCAUGUUGAGUUCCAACAACAUGCCAGCUUCUAAGAUGUUAUUACCUUCACCUGGGUUUGGUCUGCCUGAUUCAGAUCCUAUUCUGAUGCCUUCACAAGAUUCACGGCUUCCUGUGGGUACAAUCAGAAGUGAAGUUGGGAGUCAACGAAGUUGUGUUGACCAAAUUACUGCAACCCCCCAUGAGAUCAAGUCACUUACAUCUGGUUCUGAGGUUGGAAACUCCACCUUGCAAGGCAAAGCAGCAUCUUUUCAUGUUCCCUUUUCCAUCCCGAAGCCUUCUUCAAACUAUAAUGAUAGGCCGCAACAAGCAAUUGGGCCACAAAAAGGUAUUAUCAAGCUUAACUUAGAAUUUGCAAACUCGGAUGAUUUUCUUAUUUGAGGAAAACAGAAAAAUCUAUCAUAUUAAGAAAGAGA